ACACCAACAAGCUAGCUAGCGCGCGCGACCGAGCAAGCAAAAGAGAGAUCAAGAUCGAAUUGAUUGAUCUUGUUGGUUCUACUUGACUACUUGUCGGUAGCAAAUCAAGAUGGCGUCUCCUUCUCCCCUGCCAGCGGCGCUGCUAGCCGUGUGCGCCUUGCUCGCCGCCAUGGCGCUCUUCCAGGGCGCGCGGGCGCAGCAGCUGAGCCCGGCCUACUACGACGAGUCGUGCCCGCACGUCUACGACACGGUGCGGCGCGUCAUCCAGGAGGCGCGCACCGCCGACCCGCGCAUCCUCGCCAGCCUUGUCCGUCUCCAGUUCCACGACUGCUUCGUCAACGGCUGCGACGGGUCGCUGCUGCUGGACGACGGCCCGGCGAUAAACAGCGAGAAGAACGCCGCCCCGUACAACAACUCGGCGCGCGGGUUCCCGGUGGUGGACGACAUCAAGGCCGCCCUGGAGAGCGCGUGCCCCGGCGUCGUCUCCUGCGCCGACAUCGUCGCGCUCGCCGCCGAGGUCUCCGUCGAGCUGGCGGGAGGGCCCUACUGGAGGGUGCUGCUGGGCCGGAGGGACGACAGGACGGCCAACUUCGACGCCGCCGACAACCUCCCGGGCCCCACGGACGCCCUCAACGUCCUUAGGCAGAAGUUCGCCGACGUCGGCCUCGACGACACCGAUUUCGUCGCCCUCCAAGGUACUACGACGCACUCCUGGAGCGGUUCAAAUGACACGUACGUCUCGCUUCAUUUUCCAGGAGCACACACGAUCGGCCGGGCGCAGUGCAGGUUCUUCCAGGACAGGCUCGACAACUUCGCCGGCACCGGGCAGCCGGACCCGACGCUGGACGGGGCGUACCUGUCCGCCCUGCGACAGAGCUGCCCGGCGGCGGGCGCCGACGAGCGCCUCAACAACCUCGACCCGGCCACGCCGGACGCGUUCGACAACAGCUACUACCGCAACCUCCUGCACAACCGCGGCCUGCUCCGGUCCGACCAGGUGAUGCUCUCCGCGCCAGACGGUGCCGCGGCCUCCACGGCGCCCAUCGUCGAGCGGUUCGCCGCCAGCCAGGCCGACUUCUUCCGGAGCUUCGCCACGGCGAUGAUCAAGAUGGGCAACAUCGCCCCGCUGACCGGAAGCAUGGGGGAGGUUAGGAGGAACUGCAGGGUGGUGAACAGAAGCUGAUCGCACCGGUGCUGUUUGUUGUUCAACGGAGUCAUUCAUUUGAUUUUUUUUAUUUUUUUGUUUUUCCUUUUGAAGGAAUUCAAUUUUUUUUCACGAAUGGUCGUUGAA